UCAAGAUUUCCAUUCAGCGAUUCGCAUUGUCCCCACGUUUUAUUGAUUCAUAUCGCUCUUUCUUCCCACUUCUUCUCCCACUUCAUCCCCCCUCCCCCAAUCGCCACCACCAAUUAAUUAAUCACCUCUUAGUUCGCCUCUCCUUCCUAAAAAACCUAAAAAAAAAACCGAUAUAAAUGGCUGCUAUGGCGGUUCGCGACAUCGUUGCAGAUCAGUCUCUCUUACCAGUCCUGAAUAGUAGCGCGGAGACUCGUGAACAAUGUGAGAAGCUCCUCGCUUUACUAGACCCAACCGGUGAGCCUGCAUCGUCAAAUCUCCAGGAGACCAUUCUAGCGGCGUCAAGAGAGCAAAAACAAUUAUUUGCCCUUCUCGCUCAACUCCGCGGUCUGAAUCGAGAAGCUAUCUUUCGCGUUCGCGAAACUAAACAAUCGACGGCGGAGGCUCGCCAGGAAAUCGAUCGGUUACACCUUCAGCUGCAGAAUCUAUACUAUGAGCAAAGACAUUUGACCGGGGAAAUUGCGGCUUGCGAGUCUUACGACCACAAGUACCUUUCUCUUCCUUUAAUCCCGGUCGAAGAGUUCCUCGCUCUCUUCCCAGAACACAAUGACUCGGACGCCCAUGAGCUCAUGAUUGCUCGUAUCAACUAUGAACAUGCUGAGCGGGAAAAAUUAGAACAGGCGCGACAGGAGCUUUUGAAGCGGAAGCAGGCUUUGAUCGCGGAAAACAACAAACGCAAGGAAGAUUUGGCCAGUUUGGACCAAGAUCUGGAGAGGUUUAUUGACGCCGCAAAACCUAUCCAGAAGAUUUUCGAGAAAGAGUAUUAAACGAAAAACGCAGAACAAUAAUCGGUUAUCCUUUACUUUUGAAUUCAGUCCGUGGCAUCUGGCGCCUUGGUUGAGAUACCCCCAUAGUUCUAUUCGACAGGGUUUUUCUUUCUUUUAACUGUAUUACUAUGCAAUUGAUCUGGGUGAUUUUCUUGUUGUAAACGCGGUAAUAGUUCUAUUCGUAUGAAAGUAUCAAAGCCCAAUGGAUAUAAAUAAAAAAGAAAAG